UGGGAGGCGGCUGCAGCGCGGAUCUUGGGGAACCUGGCCGCCCACCCACGAGCCAGUCUCGAUCCCCGAGUCCAGCUGAGGCUCGGAGCCAUCCGGCGACCCGGCGAGCGGCCUCAGGCCCCGCCAUGGGGAAGACCAACAGCAAGCUGGCCCCGGUGCUGGAGGACCUGGUUCAGAACACCGAGUUCAGCGAGCAGGAGCUGAAGCAGUGGUACAAGGGCUUCCUGAAGGACUGCCCCAGCGGCAUCCUCAACCUGGAGGAGUUCCAGCAGCUCUACAUCAAGUUCUUCCCCUACGGCGAUGCCUCCAAGUUUGCUCAGCACGCUUUCCGCACCUUCGACAAGAACGGCGACGGCACCAUCGACUUUCGGGAGUUCAUCUGCGCCCUUUCCGUCACUUCCCGCGGCAGUUUCGAGCAGAAACUCAACUGGGCCUUUGAGAUGUACGACCUGGACGGCGACGGGCGCAUCACGCGCUUGGAGAUGCUGGAGAUCAUCGAGGCUAUCUACAAGAUGGUGGGCACCGUGAUCAUGAUGCGCAUGAACCAGGAUGGGCUCACGCCCCAGCAGCGUGUGGACAAGAUCUUCAAGAAGAUGGACCAGGAUAAGGAUGACCAGAUUACUCUGGAGGAGUUCAAGGAGGCAGCCAAGAGUGACCCAUCCAUUGUGCUGCUGCUGCAGUGUGACAUGCAGAAGUAG